CAAGGCGCUGUGACGGAUCCUCUAGACAGAGUCGCAAAUACAUUAAGUGGCGUCAUCUGUUUCGAAUUAGAACUUGGAUUAGUUCCAGUCAAGAAACCGAACGAAAUUAUGAUCAAAAAUCUUUAUUCUGAUUUGUGUGAUAACUAAUGCUAUUCAUAAAUUUGGUUUGAAUUGCGCAAAGGAAGACGGAUCCGCCUUUAUAAAGAUCUAGUUUAAAAGUUAUUUAGCUUUAGAUGCACUUGAAUGGUACCGUAACUCAAGCGUCAUCUUGUAAGGAAUGGAUUCCUUAAAUGAGAUAAUUGACCACCAAACAUUUAGCCAGGAGUUAGUUGAAGAUGCAUCGGAGUUCAUCACUGUGGGUCAACAUUCGGAGCGCCCGUCGCAGUCACGUGAGCAGCAUAUUUCUGAGAAGGAUCUGACUAUGUCUAUGCAAGAGAUGAUUUCCUGUCCCAGAACUGACGCUUUGAGUGGAGGGGUGAAACACCGCCACGACUCUGCAUCUGGGUCGGGAUCGGCAUCGGGAUCCAAUUCCGUUGUCAUGGUUAUAGACUCACUGGGACAAGGUAACAGGCAACCAUCAUAUCAAAUUGUGCCUCAGCAGUUGCAGCAAAGAACAAUGCCAUUGCCAUUCGGACUACUCCAGCAGGAUAGGCAUAAUUUGCAGCAUGAACGUGAUGUGAAUACCAGCCCAGUGGACUUUGUAUCACCCGAAAUUAAUUUGGAUGGUCUGACUGUAGACGCCAUCUCCCAGACGGUGCACUCCCAAGAAAUGGCGAUAAAGCAGGAGCAAAAGCUUCUUAUUGUGCAAUCCAAGAGUCAGGAUCAAAGCCACAGGCGCAUUCGAAUGCUUGUAGACGUUUCGAGUGUAAAUGCAGGCCUUGGUGUGGACGAUAUAAAUGAGAUUUCCUCCGAUGACGUUGGCUGCGACGACGAAGGAGUUACGCUGAGCCAGCACCACCAGCAUAUUUUGGAACGGGAGGAACAAUUUGGCAUGACAAGCCACCAUCCGCAUCACCAACAUCAUACUCAGGUCCUCCAUAGCUUGCAUCAGAGAUCAACUCAUUCGGAAAUGGGACUGGAGAGUGGACAUGAGGAAGUUCUAUCGGUUAUCGUCCAUUCACAAGACAGCGACAAGGAGGACGGCGAGGAAAAUGGUGAUGGGGAUGCAGAAGGAGAUGCAGAGAAUGAAGACGAUGAUGAACGCGAUUCGCGGAGUCGUGAGCAGUUGCUUAGUCACAGCUCGUAUCAGACGCUGACCUCGGUAAAUGAUCGCUUAUCUUCGCCUGGGUUUAGUCAAACCUCUUAUGCUACACUCACCCCCAUUCAACCUCUUCCGCCUAUAUCAACGAUGUCCGAGAAGUUCGCGUACUCUGGCCACAUCUCGGGAGGAGACAGUGGCGACACGGAUGUCAAUGGAGAUGAUGGAGGUAGGGGAGUCACUGAGGUUGGUGAGGUCAUCAACCAAUCCAGCGAGGCUUCAGGGACUAUUUCAAUAUCUAGUAGCAAUGCUACCUCCUCUGUGUGCUCCAACAAUGAUUGCAGUUCUUUUUCUGCCCUCACCAUGCCCAUGGGAAGUGGCCAUUUGAGUCUGGGUGUUUUAAGUGGCGUCCAGUCACCAUUUUCCCCAUAUGAAAAGCUAUCUUCGUUGAUUUCCUCUCCGCCUAAUAACUACCUGGUCUCGUGCGAUCUACAUGCCUCAGUUCCCGGACGCGUUAUGUCAUCGCACUUGCAGAUAAGUCACAACGGGAAAAAGGAGUCUGGAAUGACUCACGAACACACACAUGGUCCAGCUGAUGUCAAUGGUGGGAAGUUUUCCUAUACUGGUCACAUAUCCGGAGGUGAUAGCGGAGAUACUGAUGUCAACGGUGAGAAGUUCUCUUUCUCUGAUCAUAUCUCCGGGGAUAGCGGAGAUGAAGAUGUCAAUAGGGAAAAGUUUAUAUAUUCAGAUCACAUAUCUGAGGGAGAUAACGGCCCCGACGUCAAUGGCGGAACGAAUUGGCUCCAGAUACACUCUGAGAGGGAAGUGCGACUCCAUAUGCCCUUGCCGGCUGAUCUGGAAGCGAGGUUUCACAUUUCGUCAGAGCGAAGGACUCGACUCAACGUUCCACCUGCGCGUGGAUCCUUAAACCGACAUCAUGCUCCAAACGCUCCUAUCUGCCCCGCAAAUUGGAAGGCGGAUGAUUGGAAACACAGCAACGCUGGCAUUGUUAGUUUGACCGCCGAUAUUCCCGUUGUUGUGUCCCUUACUCCAACACCGCCUCCGAUAACAGACGACUCGGUGAGCGGAAUUAAACUAAACGAGCGAUUAUCACCAGGGCACAGACAACAGUACUUCCUGGACAAAAGCCAAGAUCCCAGUUCCGUGAUAGUAGAACAGUGCAGUCCGGGCAUUCAUGGCACCCCGCACUCGGCGGGUGUCAUUCACCAGCAGUCUCAAUCAGGUCUCGGAAACGAGUUUCAAGGCAGCAGCCAGCAGGCCAAGGUUUCAGCAUGUGCCUCACCAAAGGCAACAGUUUCCUCUGGAGGAGGAGGUUCCAGCCGCAAUGCAAAUGCCAGUGACAUGGAGGAGAUCAACACUAAGGAUCUGGCACAGCGCAUCUCAGCGGAGCUCAAGCGAUACAGCAUUCCACAGGCGAUAUUCGCACAACGGGUACUCUGCCGAUCGCAAGGCACCUUGUCCGAUCUUCUGCGCAACCCAAAGCCGUGGUCUAAGCUGAAGUCCGGUCGAGAGACGUUUCGCAGGAUGUACAAGUGGCUCCAGGAGCCCGAGUUUCAGCGCAUGUCUGCUCUGCGGAUGGCCGCUGCCCAAAUUCCUCAGCGAGCUCCUUUGAGCUCUGUAGUGACACUUGGGUCAGCAACAGGUUCAAGUGGCUCCACCGAAACCAUGCCAACGGAAGUUGAGUCCCAUGGCGGCCCUACGAUGAACUCAAAUGUUCUCACCAACGAAUCGGCUGCCUCGCCCGCAUCUACACCUGUCACAAGCGUUUUGGUUGGCAGCGUCGUUAGCUGUCGUCGAAAGGAAGAGCCGCAGAUGGAACAAAUGCCCCAGCCGAAAAAGCCGCGAUUGGUCUUCACCGAUCUACAGCGACGAACAUUACAAGCUAUUUUCAAAGAAACUAAAAGACCUUCGAAGGAGAUGCAAGUGACCAUUGCAAGACAGCUGGGGCUUGAGCCUACUACAGUGGGAAAUUUUUUUAUGAACGCCCGAAGAAGGUCGAUGGAUAAGUGGCGGGAUGAUGAAUCCAAAAGCACUAUGCAUAUGGUACAUAACCGACAGCAACCACAAGACGAGCAGGAGAAAGAUAAUGGCCACACUCAUACACAAUCGCAAAAUGGUCAUAAUCACACUCAAAAUCAUACCAUCAAUAAUAGCAUGUCACAUGACCACUACUCAAAUCUCCACACAACAGCUAUGUCGCCUCUUGGAGCUUUUGAUGAAGAGGCUGAUAUGGACUUGGAACUGGAAAGUCACGACUUUGAUUUAGUGGACGCCGAUGACCAUGGGAAUGCCAAUGACCCAAACGGCGACAUGUUGUGACAGCAUAGCCAAAGCACACGUCGAACGAUCAACAAGCCCAAAGUAUUAGCUCCGAAGUCUACGACUCACUACUUCAACAGCACCCGCAUUCAGUCUCGUACGCACAUGGUUUCUCCAAGAGCAAUGGAUGCCAAUAUGGGUCGCAUUGUGAGAAAGAAAAACGAAGGUAUUAGCAACGGGAGCUAUGACGAUAACCGGUGUGAUGUCGCGUCGGACCAUUUGCUUGAUGCCGAACAUGUUCCAGAUGAAAAGCUUAUAAUAAAGCAAAGCUUUCGCCAAGAAGUGCUCGAUAAAGAGGCCCAUAUCUUCAUUGAUGAUAUAGCUAUUCCAAAUUGCUUGGAUGAUCUGAAGGUAAUGAUUGUCUGUUAAGGGCAGACGUACAAUCUUCAUACGUGCGAUCUCAUUGCUUACUGAAACUUUGGUUGUCCAAAAGAUUUAACAUGAUUUUCUUUUAUAGGACUAAAGUUUGUUUAAGCUCAUAUAUUUUUAAAGCAGUAAUAGUAAAUAUAUCAAAUUUCCUCAAUUCUAAAUUAUGAAUGGAGAUUUUAUUUGUAAAAUGUUUGGCUCUGUUUAAGUGCUUUUCUGUUUAUGAAUUUUUUGAUUUUCAAGAAGUAAGGCUAACAAGGAAAACUUCCGUAGAUAAGAAUAUAUUAUUCUUUAAAAAGGAAGAACAGUUUCAUUUUUUUUAUGUAUGCAAUAAAGUACCUACAUACCAAUAGCCGUCUAGCUAUAUCGUCUGUAUAAAAGUCAAGUCUCCUGGACUAUAACAGCUAGUAAGAGAUUAGGGAAGCAGAUUCUAGUGAUAUCUACGCAGUGCCCAUAUACACAGAAAAAACCUCACCCUCACACUUUUAAAAAAAUGUUUUGGUUUUUAAAUAAGGUUUAUUUAUCUUGCCAAUACCUAUCGAUAUGCUAAUAAAAUUGUGGUUACUCCCACUUUAAAGCGGAAAAACGCCUGAGCUAAUAAUUAAUAAAUUAAAUUUAAUUAAAAAUGUAUGACCAAUUAGGUAACCGCAACUACGCGGUGCUUACUCUCGAAAAGAGUCGUUUUCCUGCUCCUCCCUCGCACGGAGUGCCAAUAUCUGUUAGUCGGAAUAUUUGGCUAUAGCUACUUUUCAUUUCUUUAUGAAAAGAAACUACAUUUUACGUGUUAGAGCUGCAAAAGUACAAAACUAUUAUUUGCUGAAUUAAGCUUCCUUUUUAUUAUACAAUUUCUUGUCAUUUAUUUAUGUUUACAUCUUUAAAGUUUAACUGAGUACGCGAAAUAUUUAUGAUUGUAAUUACGCCGAAUUAUCCUUCCGCACCAAGAUCUACUUUCUCUCCAGCAAAAUUUUGAAGGACCUUGAGCUAACAUUAUUGGUGACUAUCAUUGUGUAACAUGAUAUAGAUAGACAUGCUUAAAAAUUGUACAUUUUACAGAUAUAAUAUUCCCCAAUUGCAGUGUAGGUACUUCACAGAAUAUAUCCAGACAGUCAGUUAAGCUUUGAGGGAGUAACUAUGUCGUGUUUGUGCGUACCUAUUUAUAUGUUUAAAAAUAAUAUCCCUGUUUUUUUAACUUAAUGAAAGGGAAUGAAUUGGCCUCAGGCAAAAAGAUAAGAUGUCAUUGGAAAGCGAAAGGUGUAUGUAUGUAGAUAUUAGAUUGAAUACAAUUGAUGAUAUGUAAAUUGAAGAACGCGAUAUAAAACAAACAUCUUAAUAUGUAAAGAAAACUGUAUCUAGUCAAAUUUAUAAGAAAACACAUUUCACACAAAUAUAAGGUAGAAUUAUUUAUUCAACUAUAUAUUUUAUUAAACUCAUCCACAUUAUAAAAGCCUAUAUUGUUCCUUCGUGUUUACCUUUUUUGAAGAAAUAUUCGGGCCAAAAAAAUGAAUUUGAAAUGUGAAUACCUAAAAUCGAUAUGGCUAACAAUUAAUACUUAUUUUUUUUUAAUGUAAAAAAGUGUACAUAGAAAGUUAUUCUAAAAUCCUUCCAGUUAAGUUUGAAUAUAGACUUUUCAUAAAAAAACGCCAUAAAUCACAAUUCAUUUUAAAACAAUACCAAAAAUUUUAAAAGUACUCAAAUGUCAUUAAAGUCACUAUGUUAAUAUCUCUAGGACGUAUUAUGAAUAAGAAUAUGCCUCUUGAUGUAUGCUAGUCAAUUUAGUUUAAAUAAAAUUUAGUAAACUACCGCAAUAAAGAGGUCGGUAUGUCUAGGCACAUUAUUAAUUUAGGUAUAUAUGUAAAGAUCAGGCAAUGCAAUAUUAAAUUAAAGCAAACUUAAUUGAGUAUUAUUACUGGGAGGGUGAGGUGAAAGAGGAGCACGCGGAGCAGAUGGUGAAAUCACCGAAUUUGCAAAAUGCGAUCAGCUGCUACAAAAAAACCCAACUUCUGAAAGAGUUGAUAAAUGACCUCGACUGAACCAGUCAACACACAGACAAAACAAGAAAGCACGCUAUAGUCGAUUUCCUCGGCUAUCUGAUACCCGUUACGUGCUAGUGGGUGUUCUAGAAAUAUAUUUCGAAAUGUUUUGGCAAUAGCUAUAGAAAUUAGCA